AUGGCAGGUCUGAAAGACAAUGAAUGCAGAACAAAAUUCCGCCAACGUCUGUCUAUUCAUGUUGGAGUACGGACCAGGAAGAAGCUUAGCGAUGCGGAUUCCUUCACAAAGUGCAUCCAGGACGCUGCAAGGGAAACGCUCCCGGUUCUAUUGCCGCGGAAGAAGUUCGUCUUUGCAUCUGCGGAAACAAAAUCCACGUACAUUUCAGUACGUGUCGCCCGCAGCGCUGGCGACCUCAAGCAGGAAAACCGUCUUAGAAUGAAGCUGCGUCGUCAACUGCAACAAGACCGCGAUAACGAGUGGACGUCAAGAGCGAUGGAGUUUGAGAAGGCGUGGGACAACAGGAACCCGCGGAAAGGUUAUGCUCUACUUAAACAGUAUAGCGGCAAAAUGAAAAGAUGUUCUCCUGUCCUCAAAACUGCCAAUGGAGUAGCUGGAACACUUCAAGACUUUGAUGAACCGGUUAGCCGGUUAGCACCGUCAGCUCCUGAACUCGAGCACGUUCAUAGACCGACAUAUGCGGUUAACGAGGAGCCACCGACCGAGUCGGAGGUUCUAGUCUGUAUUCAAAAAAUGAAGAAUGGAAAAUCUGGUGGAGACGACGGGAUUAGCGCAGAAAUGCUAAAAUAUCUUCCUCCGUCUGGGAUUCGUGAGAUGACAAAGAUCAUCCGUUCAAUAUGGAUAGACGAAAGGAUACCUGACUCGUGGAGACACGCUAUCAUAAUUCCCUUCCACAAGAAGUUAUCCGUCACGGACCCUAGGAAUUAUCGAGGAAUCUCUUUGCUGCGUGUUAUGUACAAGGUAUUGGAGCGCAUUAUCCUGGACCGACUUGUUAAACAUCGCGAAGAAACAACGCGCGACGAGCAAGUUGGCUUUCGUCCUGGCCGAUCUACAAUUGACCAGGUGUUCAUUGUCAGGGUAGUGAUCGAAAUCUGGCAGCGGUAUUCGAAGCCAAUGCAACUAGCGUUUCUGGACUUUGAAGCCGCGUUCGACUCUCCUCACCGAAGGCGCCUUCUCAACGCACUGAGCGCCGAUAGAGUACCAAGAAAGUUCGUUCGCUUGCUUGAUGAAAUGAAUCAACGAACAACUGCUGCAGUUUCAAAACCAGCCGGAUGUACAACACCGUUUGAAGUGGUAACUGGAGUAAGACAAAGGGCAGUGGCAGAACCCUUCCUGUUCAAUUUCGUCAUCGACGACAUUAUGCGAAGAACAGUAGAUGUGUCCUGCCGAUAUCAUUCUAGCACCAUCAGGACAUCCCUUGUUCGAUCUCGAGUACGCUGA